AUGGAUGAAAUUCUUGAACUUCUAAGGGCCAAGCCACCCUACAAAGUCAAACAAGGUAGUGACGAUUUCAUGGAAAAUAGAGAUAUCGUUCAUGGUAAAUCCCUCAAACCCACUGAGCGAGUAAAAUAUAAAUACUCGUUAAAAAAGUAUGAAAUGCCCACAGAGUUAAAAACAAUCUUUGAAAGACCUCACCAGGAUGUCCUUAGACGGCUUAGCACUCAAUUGAAUGCCAAUAAUUAUAGUAAGUUUUUCAGUGAACUACUCUAUGCAGAGGAGUACAAAACAAAUGAAGACCUCAAAAGGUAUGACCGGCAGAAAGUGAAAUUAGUGAAGAAAUCUGGAGACUAUUUUAAAAUGAAAAUUCAUAAACGCGCACUCGCAGAGAAACGCCCGUCAGUGCUUCCUGGGGAUUAUAUUUUUGUUGUGAAAUGUGGAGAUAAGAAUGCAGAAGCAUACCAAGGGUUCGUGCACGAGGUCCUUAAAAGUAGCAUUGAUUUAAAGUUUGAUGAGUCAUUCUCGCAGGAAGUGUACAAUUCAAACGUGAGGUUCGAUGUCCGAUUCACCUUUAAUCGUGUAUCAAUGAGAAGGAUGCAUCAAGCCGUCAGGAAUCCCAAAGUGGAAUUUAGUCGUUUGUUCCCUCAGGACCAUCAAAAUUUCUCUGCAAAUGACGUGGAUUUUCAAAACAUCAAAUUCUACACUAUACUGAAUUAUUACCAAAGACGUGCGGUAGCCAUUAUCAAAUCAGAAACUCGUCAACCCUGGCCCUUUAUUGUCUUCGGCAAGUCUUCCACCAUCGUUGAAGCAAUGUGGCAACUUCUGGAUAAUAAUCCUACUACCAGGAUUCUCGCCUGCGCGGCGUCAAACGCGGCGGCCAAUUGGCUAUUGAAAAAAUUGAGUAAACGACUACCUCCUGAUGAAAUGGUUCGAAUCAACGCCGUUUCGCAAGAACCUGAAAAAAUAGAACGGGAAUUUCAUUGCUAUUGUAUGAUAGACAAAUGCGGCAAUUACCAGCUUCCGAACAUGAGCUAUAUUGAGAAGCACCGGGUUGUCGUGACCACUUGUAUUACUGCAGGAACUGUGUAUUCGCUCGGAACGAAGUCUUACACGCAUAUCUUUAUUGAUGAGGCAGGGCAAGCAAUGGAACCAGAAAUCGUAACCGCGCUGCAAAACGCUUCCAAAAACACACGAAUUAUUUUAGCAGGUGACCCGAAGCAACUAGGUCCACUUGUCCGUUCUUCAAUUGCGAAAGAGCUUGGCCUUGGACAAUCUCUGAUCGAACGUCUUGAAAAAAGCGAAUUCUAUGAUUUUGGCGAUACAAGUAUUUAUGGGGAUUACCCGAUCAUGUUCUGGAAUGUAGAAGGUAAAGAAGAUCGUGAGGGCCAAUCCCCAUCGUAUUUCAAUGCUCGAGAGGCCGGUUAUGUGUUAGAAGUUGUUGUGAAACUUCAGAAACAAAACGUCAAGCCAAAAGAAAUUGGUAUCGUCACACCCUACGUUAAACAGGUUGAAAAGAUCAAGAAGUUGUUUAUAAAACGGAAUAUCUCUGGGGUGGAUAUUGGCACUGUGGAGAAAUUUCAAGGCCAAGAAAGACGCGUCAUCAUUAUUUCUACAGUUCGAACUAAAAAUGUUGAAUUCCUUGGGGAACCGAGACGGUUCUGCGUUGCUGUAACUCGAGCACAAGCUCUUUUGGUGGUAAUAGGGGAUGAAAAAGCGUUGUCCAAGAAAGAACUUUGGAAACAAUGGUUGAAAGAAGUGAAGGAAAAUGGUGGAUUUUCGAAUAAAGUUCUUCCUAAUAAAUAA